UUUCUGUUAUUUUCCCUAGAAAAUUCCGCAAACCCUAGAGAGCUUCAGAGAGAGAGAAAUCUCCAUUGAAACAGAUCAGAUUGGGCGAGAGAGAAAGAGUUAUCAGAGAAAGAAGCCUCUGAUCCUCCUCUCUGAUUCCCUAAUAUGAAAUAAUAAUAAACCUUACACGAUCUCUGUUUUUUUUUUCCUCUUUGAAGAUUUUCUUCGAUUCUCCAUUGAAAUCGGUAUAUAUAUACAAAGAAGAAGGAGAAAGGAUGAUAUCGAAUCCGAGUUUAUUGUCAUACACUUGCAUUGCGAAAGGAAACGUAGUUCUCGCGGAGUUCGUUUCAAAGGAAGAUCCAGGAAUCGAAGCUGUAGCUUUACGAUGUAUCGAGAACGCGCCUCCUCAUCAUUCGAUGUUCUCUCACACUGUUCACAAGAAGACGUACACGUUCGCGAUCGGCGACGAUUCGUUUGUUUAUUUCGCGAUUUUGGAUGAAGGUAUGGAGAAAUCUGAAUCGUUCUGGGUUUUGAACCGGUUGAGAUCGGUUAUGGAGGAUCUGAUCAGAGGAGGUGGAUCUGAUGCGGAGACGUUGGUUAACCCGGUUUCGCAUUGUCUUCAAUCGAAGCUUGACCCAGUUUUCGCGGAGAUUGUUGGUGUUGUUGAUGUUGAUUUGGAAUUGGAUAUGGAUUUGGUUGGAUCACCGAGGAGCGUAGCGAGGGAGAGUCGGAACCCGAGCAUUGAUUCGUCUAAAGGAAGAAGAGCUGCUUUGAUGCCACUUUUGGGGAAGCCGUUGAAGGCGUUGAAGAAGAAGAAGAGAUCGCAUAAUAACGAAGCGAAAGGGGAAGAUUCUUGCGAGGUUGGUUCAAUCAACGAGAUAUCAGAGAAGAAGGUUGAUUUAUGUGGGAAUGGUAACAAUGGAGUCUUACGCAAGGAACUGAGAAAUGGGUUGUUGAGUGAUCAUCAUCAUAGACAAAAGGCUAAACAGAUAUGGAAGAAACAUGUUUGGGUUGUGCUAAUGUUCGAUUUCUGCAUCUGUGCUGUUUUGUUUGGCAUCUGGCUUUGGAUUUGUGAAGGGUUUCAAUGCAUUGAAGGGUAAAAGUAAAGUUUAAUCAUCAUCUUGUGUACAUCUCCAAAUUCAUAUUUGUUUUCAGUCUGCAUCAAAAUUUGAUCAUCAUUGACGUCUUUUUUCUUGUGGGUAUUCGUUUUUUUGGAUCGAAGAAUCUGAUCCCUUUUUUCUUCUCACUUUUCUUGUUCUUACAUCUUCUUAAAGUCAGUCACAAAAAGUGUUGUUUCCAGGAGGAAAACUAGGGUAUAGGUUGAAUCCUGGUUUACAUUGUUAGUGAUAUGUUCAUUGUACUUUUGGAAAUUUUAAUCAUUCACAAGCAAAACAUGUGUUGUACUA